AUGGCCUCCGCCGCGACCUCGUCGUCGCGGCCAGGCCCAGGCGGAGCCUCGGUUCCAUCCUCGAGCCCUCGUCCGGCCGGUACUGGCCCUUCACGACCGCCGCCUUCGUCGCGCAACAGCGUCACCGAUCCCGUCCUGCGAAAUACCCUCCGAUAUACAAUCUCCGCAAAGGAGUAUGCCACCCUCCACAAGUACGUGCUGUCGCGUUCGCGCCUCCUCAAGAGGGCUGCGCCAAGCGUCAGCGCCGUCGAGCGCAUUGUCGAGGGCGAUAAGGCGAAGCAGAAUGCCGGACCUGGCGCCGGAGGACGGGCAGUGGAUGAUUAUAAUGCGCGCGCCGUCCGGCACUCGUUGCGCGUGUUUAUCGGAACGGCCAUGACAAUGAAGGGAUGGGCUUUGAUCUCCACCAAGCUGCUGGGUGGAAAGCAAGACCCGAACGUGGCCGGCCAGAAGCAGCCCCUUCACAAGUCGCCGACACUCCGUCUCUCCCUCUCCCUGUCGACCAUCCUCCUCCUCUACCGUAUCCUCUUCCGCUUCCUAGCCCGCCUCCGCGCGCACCUCCUCGACCCCUCGGCCGCGCCCUUCCGCCAACGAAACCCGCGUACGACGGCAACCUUGACGUCUCCCUACGCCCCGGCCAUCGGCGCCUCGCUGGCCGGUAUGUUCCUCGGCGUCUACCCGUCCCAGCAGCUGCGCGUCACCAUCGCCGUCUACACCCUCUUCAGGGCGCUCGAGUUCGGCUGGAACCUAUGCGAGGAGGAGGGCAUGAUCUGGGGCUUCAAGAGCGGUGGCAAGGUUAAGCGGGAGCGGCCGUGGUGGUGGGGUAGCUGGCUCAUUCAGCCGUUCGCCUUCGGACAGCUGCUGCACGCCGUCGUGUUCGACCGCGACUGCUUCCCCGAGGCCUACGGCAACUUCAUCUUCAAAAACUCGUCCGCCUACAUCCACCCCCGGCCAAAGGACUACCCUGCUCAUCUCAAGUGGCCCAAGACCUUUGAGAUCGUGGACAACCUGGCUGAGAUGGCCAAGCUCAACUGGCCACCCUACAUUUCGCCAACACUCUUCCCCAACAAGGAGACGCUCCCAGCGUCCCUCUCCGGAGUCGCUCCGCUCACCUCGACGGCUCACCCCAUCAUCAGUUCCCUCUCCUGCGCAACCCUCCACCCGUCCGACCCGUCAUGCCUGCGCACCUACCUCAACUUCUGGCUCGGCUCGUUCCCCGGCCUAACGCGAUUCUUUCUCGUCAUCUACUCGGCCCUGACUUUCCUCCCACGCUUCCGCUCGUUCUACAACUCUCCCGUCACCACCCUCCAGCGGGUCCUCGCCAAGUCGCUGCGCAUGAGCACCUUCAUCACGGGCUCUAUCUCCACCGCCUGGGCGAGCAUCUGCUUCUUCCAGCAGUGGUUCCCGCGCACCUUCCUACCGACGCAGAGGUUCUUCUUUGGAGGGUUCCUCGCGGGUCUCUGGGCCUGGGUGGAGCGGAAACAGGGCCGCGGCGUGUUUUUGUACUCGGCGCGCGUGAGCGUCGAUUCGCUGUGGAAGGUGGGCGUCAAGAGGCGCUGGUGGAGGGCGAUGAAGGGCGGCGACGUGUGGGUUUUUGUCAUGGCGCUGAUGAUUACGGGUGUCGUGUACGAGAGGGAUGCGAGGGCUGUGAAGGAGGGUGGUUGGAGGAAGGGCAUCAGUUGGGUUCGGGGAGAGGGGUGGAAGGAUUGGAGUAUCGAGGAGGAGGCGGAGGAGAAUGAAAAGAUGGAGUAG